GAUCAACUGCGGACAUCCUGAGAGAACUGGACGCGCAGUGUCUGCAUCACACAGUGGGACGAAUUCUGAGCUGAUUAUCGUUUUGUGUUUUUUUUUGACGAGUUAAAACCACUGGGACACUCUGACCACCAUGAAGGAGAGGAGAAACACACAGCCGCUCGUCGUCAGAUGUAAACUGGUUCUUGUUGGAGAUGUUCAAUGCGGAAAAACUGCGAUGUUGCAAGUCCUUGCGAAGGACUGUUAUCCAGAGACCUACGUGCCCACGGUGUUCGAGAACUACACAGCCUGCCUGGAGCUGGAGGAGCAGCGAGUGGAGCUCAGUCUGUGGGAUACUUCAGGUUCUCCAUAUUAUGAUAACGUGAGGCCCCUUUGCUACAGUGACUCUGAUGCAGUUCUGCUGUGUUUUGACAUCAGCCGUCCUGACACAGUGGACGGUAGUCUGAAGAAGUGGAAAACCGAGAUCCUAGACUUCUGUCCCAGCACACGUAUCCUGCUCGUUGGCUGUAAGAUUGACCUGCGCACAGAUGUCUGCACGCUGAUGGAGCUGUCCAAUCAGAAACAGACUCCCAUCACCUACGAGCAGGGCUCUGCUAUGGCCAAGCAGCUGGGUGCAGAGGCGUAUCUGGAGUGCUCGGCAUUCACCUCAGAAAAAAGCAUCCACAGUGUGUUUCGCACCGCAGCUAUGGCCUGCAUCAACAAGCUGCAGGCUCUCCCAAAGUCCAGCCCCACCCGCCGCCUCUCCAAAAGACUCCUCCACCUGCCCAGCAAGUCAGAUUUGCUCUCCUCCACCUUCAAGAAGGAGAAGGCCAAGAGCUGCUCGGUCAUGUGAGUGAAGACCUCGUGGGUUACAGUCCUCACAUGCAACCCCAACCCCCUGUCGUUUUGGUCUUGGGGAAGGGGGGGUGGGCAUGAUGGUUUUAUCAGGGCUUCCUGCUGAAUCCUUCCCUCACCCCCCCAAAAAACCAAACACCCCUCAGAAGAGGUGGACACCUCGCUGUCCACUUGCUCCUGAACCUUUUAGUGCACAUCCAUCUUUUCCCACAACUGUUUAUCUUGCUUUCAAACAAACAAAAACCGGUCAAGGUUUGAUCAUUGAGCUAUCAUGUUUUCACCUGUAAACAGUAUGCAACUACAAUGGUGUAACAUCCGUCCAAUUUUACUCUCUCUAGGCACAUGUUGAGUUUGUCCAAAUUGGAAAUGUGCAACGUGUGACGUUUAAUCUUGUGAUGUAAAUGCCUCUUAGACAACUCAAUGGAUAUUUUUCUAAGUGCAAAAAUAAAUCUAGCAUGAAACCGUCA